UCUAGAACACUGCCAGGAUCAGCCUGUCAGGCAGCACUCCCAGCCCCUCCCUGCCUCAGCCCAGGGCAGCAGGCACCAAUUCCAGACAAGUGAGGUAGGAGGAGAGGGCCAAGGCACAGGGACCUUCAUCUCUCUGGGGGCUCCUCCUGGGCCUGGGUCUACCACCAGGAUGCUGGCCGUUAAGCAGGCCUGAGAACUCUCACAAUGCAAUCACCGGCCCAAACACAUGGCACUUCUGAGCACACGACCAGGCUAGAGACCCCACUGCAGGGCCCCAAGCAACGCUGGUGGUUCGUGUGGGACCCCCUGGGCAUCAUUUUCGUCAUUGCUACGUGGGCGCUGGUGCUGAGCGCUGCAUGGAUACUAGUCCGGGACGUGCUCAAACCAUCUAACAACAAAUUAUACUCCGUGCCCAACGGUGUGGGCUUCCAUUUGCUGACCUUCCUGGCACUCGUAUCACACCUACGGACUAUGCUAACUGAUCCUGGCUCUGUGCCCCUGAGAAACCCACCCGGGCCUGACACAGUGUGCUACUGUCCCUUCUGCCUCAGUGCUAUACCAGAGAGGGUUUACCACUGCAUGGUGUGCAAACGCUGCAUUCGCAAGAAUGACCACCACUGCCCCUGGGUCAACAACUGCGUGGGUGAGAACAACCAGAAGUACUUCUUGCUCUUCACUCUGUACAUUGGGCUUAUGUCAACCCACGUGCUGCUGCUGCUGGGCAUCCCUGUCGUGCGCAGCCACGCCCGGGGCGAGUGGAAUGCCAGGAGCACCGUAUCUCCACCUGCCCCCAUCUUCUUCCUCUUCCUAGUGGCUUUGAUGGGCUUCAUCCUUGCCUUGGUGAUGUUCUGCAUCCAGAUGUGUGCCAUCUACAAAGACAAAACCACAAAUGAGAUGAUGUACCGGAACAAGGACUCCCAGGGCAGGCAAUCCAUGUGGGAUAACAUGAAGACCGUUUGCGGCCCCCGAGUCUCCCUAGUCUGGCUCAGUCCUUUUCAUCCGCCAGAACGUUACAAAGCAAGUGCGCAGCGCAAUAUGGCCUAAGUCACCGCUAGGUACCAAGAGCAAACAAAGCACAGCAACACAGACCCAAACAAGCCAGCUCCCUAAAAGAAACCAGCAGGGCAGAGCAGAAAGUAAUUACCCCGGAUUUUCUGAGCAAGAAAACAGGACAGGAAAUCCAGCCGCUGGGGAAACCCCCAAGGAACAUGCUCUUGGUGUCCCCCGAUGGUUUUGAAAGCAAUUAAACGCAUCCCACCAUG